GGAGUACCGUUUCGCGCCUCAUAGAGAGGAAACAAGAGACUGUAAAUGUAGUUUUCCUGGUCACUGUUGGGCGGUUGUUGAGAUAAUGAGCAGGAGACUCCAUUAACCUGAUUUUGGAUGCAUAUCUACAGGCUGUACUCUACGGUUGCUAUUCUUAAUCAUGGAUGAUUUUGUUUGCAACAUAUUAACUGAAUGGAAUCUCAGCGAAUGGAUACAAACAUUUAAAGAUCACGAAGUUGACAAGGAAAGUCUUUUUUGUCUGGAAGAUCAUCACAUUGCUGCCUUGAUCCCAAAAGUGGGACGACAGUCAAUAUUCCAAAAGAACCUCAGGUUGUUAAAGGAGGAACAAAACACAACAGAUCCGGAAACAUCUGAAUCUUCUGUUGAAGUUUGUCCGUCCACCAGCAAAACAAAUGAUAAAGGAAAGAGGAAGUUGGAUCUCCAGGAUGAGUCCAGCCAAUCACCAGCCAGAAAACGACCACGUGAGGAUAAACAAGUUACAAAAAGAGAAGAAGUCAUUCUGUCUAAGGUUAAAAACAUCAUGAGUUGUGUCCUUGAUAAACUACCUGACCAAGACGACAAGUUCAACAAGUUCCUGAAAAAUAACAUCAAACAUUUGGAGACAGACAAGAGGGAGGUGGUCGGCGUCUUUGGUAGAACGGGGGCUGGAAAGAGCUCUCUGAUAAAUGCCGUCAUUGGAGUGCAGGAUCUCUUGCCCUCUGGAGACAUCAGUGCAUGUACCUCAGUGAUGAUUAAAGUGGAGGCUAACAUGCGUAACCCAAAGUAUGAGGCAGAAAUCGAGUUCAUUACAAAAGAGGAUUGGAAAGAGGAGUUGUGGACCUUGUUUAAUUUCCUUGGUGAUGACGAUGAUCAGGAAAAAGACGAAGAUUAUCUAGACAGUGUUGAAACGCUGUCAAUGCUGUAUGGAGAAGAAUGGAGAAACAAAUCUCCUGAAAACCUCAUGGAUAAAAAGUUCUUCAGAGAAAUUCCUGAAUUUCUCAGUUCCAAGAGUAAGAUUUUGACAAGCGAUACUGCUAAAGAAUUAUCUGCAGAAUUGGUCAAAUACACACGAAGUGAGUCAAAAGAGGAAGAUGCUCAAGACGUGAAGAGGUGGUAUUGGCCCCUGGUGAAGUGUGUGACCUUCAGGGUGCCAAAGAAUGAUUUUCUCCGGCACGUCACACUUGUGGAUCUUCCUGGAAAUGGGGACCGUAACAAGAGCAGAGACAGGAUGUGGAAAAAGGUUGUUGGAAGUUGUUCUACUGUGUGGAUUGUGGCUGAGAUAAAUCGAGCAGCUUCAGAAAAAGAAUCCUGGGAGAUCCUGAAAGAAUCCUGCAGCCUCAUGGGAAAUGGUGGCGAGUGUCGGCAGAUUCAUUUUAUCUGCACCAAGUCUGAUAUUAUUGGACGUUCAGGAAAUCAGUAA